CCUAACGCAAACGUCCGGGUCCAGAGAGGGACCAGAGUACAAACUCCUCCCACGAGUCCGAACCUGGCAUACUAGGGCCCAGGCCUGGACCGAAGGAAUCGCGUCUCUUCCCUUCGGUACCUCGCUUAGCCCGCCUCGGAAGCGAGCUCAGGCUGAGGCGAGCCGGCCCCGCCCGUGAGCGCGCGAGUGCGCGCACGCGUACUGCUCCGCUCGGGUGGCGCCCGCCAGAGUUGAUGUUAGCCAUGGAAACCGGGAGCGGCUGCGGAGGCCUCUCUGGGAUCUUGUUGUGGGACCGCUGCAGCUUCUCUGCCUCCGCCUUCCGGCCGCAGCCAGCUUCCAGGUGGGAGUGCUUACCCGGGUUUACCAGCAGAAAUGCAGACUCCAGGCUGCCUUCGCGCCGCCCCUUCCCUCGAGUGAUUCGAGAGACUUCUGGUUACAGAAAAGGAUGUGAUUUUCAGAAUAAUCCUGCGUGAGAAGGAUGAGUCCAGAUGUGCCUCUGCUGAAUGAUUACAAACAGGACUUCUUUCUGAAGCGCUUUCCACAGACUGUUCUAGGAGGCCCUCGACUCAGAUUAGGCUUUUAUGCCCCUCCUUACGUAUAUGUUAAUCAAAUUAUCCUUUUUCUGAUGCCAUGGGUUUUGGGUGGAAUAGGAACACUUUUGUACCAGCUGGGCAUCCUGAAAGACUAUUAUACGGCAUCACUUUCAGGUGGACUAAUGCUUUUCACUGCAUUUGUCAUCCAGUUCACAAGUUUAUAUGCCCAAAACAAAUCAGCAACAGUACAAAGAAUGCUAACUACAGAUAUCUUAGCAGAGGAAGAUGAGCAUGAAUUUACAAGCUGUGCUGGUGCUGAGACUGUCAAAUUUCUAAUUCCUGGAAAGAAAUAUAUAGCCAAUAUAGUUUUUCAUUCUGUUCUUGCUGGGCUAGUAUGUGCUCUUGGAACAUGGUAUCUGCUUCCAAAUAGAAUAACCUUGCUGUAUGGCAGUAUAGGAGGCACUGCUCCUCUAUUUGUCUUUGGAUGGAUAACACUCUGUAUAGGAGAAUACUCAUUAAUUGUGAACACAGCUACAGAGACUGCAACUUUCCAACCUCAGGAUACUUAUGAAAUCACUCCUCUUAUGAGACCCAUUUAUAUUUUUUUCUUUGUUUCUGUGGAUCUUGCACACAGAUUUGUGGUAAAUAUGCCAGUUCUAGAACAAGUGAAUCAGAUUUUACAUGUCUUGUUUAUAUUUUUACCCUUUCUGUGGGCACUUGGGACUCUGCCCCCACCCGAUGCACUUUUCUUAUGGGCAAUGGAGCAGAUUUUAGAGUUUGGCCUUGGAGGUUCAUGCAUGUCAACUCACCUACGGUUAUUAGUAAUGUUCAUCAUUUCUGCUGGAACGGCUAUAAUAUCAUAUUAUAUUCCCAGCACUAUUGGUGUUCUUCUUUUCAUGACUGGAUUUGGGUUAUUACUGAGUCUUAACCUAAGUGACAUGAGUUUUGUUUUCAAACACAGUAUGAUGAAACACAGAGUAGGAAACAAAUCUGAAGCUUUACCCAGUGGUUCAGAAAAACUGUUUAUGUGGAAGGAAUGUGUUUUGUACAUCAUUGUACUAGUCUUGGCUCUCCUGGAAACUAGUUUGCUACAUCAAUUUGCUGGUUUCUCACAAAUUUCCAAAAGCAGUUCCCAGGAUAUUGUUGGCUAUAUCUUGAUGAUGUUACUUAUAAUAGUGUGGAUACUUAAAGAAAUUCAAAGCAUCUAUAUCUUUGGAAUUUUCCGAAAUCCUUUUUAUCCAAAGGAUGUGCAGACUGUGACUGUAUUCUUAGAGAAACAAACAAAGCUCCUGAAGAUUGGUGUUGUCAGACGGAUAUUGCUAACUCUAGUGUCACCUUUUGCUAUGAUAGCAUUUCUUUCACUGGAUAGUUCCUUACAAGAGCUCCACUCUUUCUCUGUCUCCAUUGGAUUCACAAGAGCUUUUAGAAUGGUAUGGCAGAAUACAGAAAAUGCUUUAUUGGAGACAGCCAUCGUGUCAGCAGUGCACUUGCUGAUCUCUAGUUCAGAUUUAUGGUGGAAUAGAAGCCUGAAUACAGGAAUCAGACUUUUAUUGGUUGGUGUCAUGCGUGAUCGUCUGAUUCAGUUCAUCUCUAAAUUGCAGUUCGCUGCAACUGUACUUGUGACAUCAUGGACAGAAAAGAAGCAACGUCGAAAAACAACUACUAUUUUAUGUAUACUCAAUAUUAUCUUCUCUCCAUUCGUGAUGGUCAUCAUAUUUAUUUCUACACUACUCUCUUCUCCCUUGCUCCCCCUCUUUACCCUGCCUGUGUUCUUGGUGGGGUUCCCUCGACCUAUUCAGGUUUGGCCAGGAGCAGUAGGCACCACAGCCUGUGUUUGUGCAGAUACAGUGUACUACUACCAAAUGGUCCCCAGCUUGACUGCCGCAUUGCAGACUGCAAUUUCAUCUGGAAGUUUAGGUCUCCUCUUACCUGGGUCUCAUUAUUUGGGCCGUUUCCAGGAUCGUUUAAUAUGGAUAAUGAUUCUAGAACGUGGCUAUACUUACUGCUGUAUUAACAUUAAGGGGUUAGAAUUACAAGAAACAUCCUGUCAUACUGCUGAAGCCCAGAGAGUUGAUGAAGUUUUUGAUAGUGCUUUUGAGCAGGAAGAAUACACAAAAGUAUGUUCCCUUAAUGAACACUUUGGGAAUGUCUUGACCCCCUGUACUGUUUUGCCUGUGAGACUAUAUUCUGAUGCCAGGAUUGUCCUAUCUGGCAUAAUUGAUUCCCAUGAAAACUUAAAAGAAUUUAAAGGUGACCUUGUUAAAGUGCUUGUGUGGAUACUCAUUCAGUACUGUGCCAAAAGGCCCACCUUGCAAGAGGAUAUUCAUAAAAGUGAAAGUAAAAGGGAAACACCUCUAGUGAUCCUGCCAGCUUCAAAUACUUCCCCACGUCCAAAGUCCCCAGAAGACACAGAUAGUUUAGAUUCCAAAACUUUUGAAGACUGGUCUGAUGAUAAUAUUUUUGAUGAUGAGCCAACUAUCAAGAAAGGAAAAGAGGGAAAAAAGCAGUUGAAAGAUUUUCCAGGAACAAAUUUGCCUAUUCCAGGAUCAGUAGACUCACAGAGAGUUGGUGAUCAUUCUACAGGUACAGUUCCUGAAAACAGUCUUUAUAAAGCUGUUAUGUUGGGAUACCCUGCUGUUGACAAAGGAAAACAAGAAGACAAGGCAUAUGUCCCUCUUAUGGACUUCAGUUGUUCCUAUUCUCAUUUACUGAGCUUACCUGAAGAAUGGAGGUCUAACUGUAUGCCUAAAGCCAUAAUGAAAGAGCUGAGUUCAUUGUUUCCAGAAGACUGGUACCAAUUUGUUUUAAGGCAGUUGGAAUGUUUCUAUUCAGAAGAAAAGGCCUCAACUCUACUGGAAGAAAUUGCAAAGGAUAAAGUUUUAAAAGACUUUUAUGUUCAUACAGUAAUGACUUGUUAUUUUGGUUUAAUUGGAAUAGACAAUGUGACUCCUAGUCCUGGUCAUAUAUUAAGAGUUUUCAAUGGUGUUUUACCCUGGUCUGGUGCCUUGGAUUGGCUCACAGAAAAACCAGAACUGUUACAACUAACUUUGAAAGCAUUCAGGUAUACUCUGAAACUAAUGGUUGAUAAAGCAAGUUUAGGCUCAAUAGAAGACUUUAAAGAGCUGGCCAGCUGCCUUCAUGAAUAUGAAAGUGACUGGUACAUUGGUUUAAUAUCAGAUGAAAAAUGGAAGGAAUCAAUUUUACAAGAAAAGCCAUGCUUGUUUGCUCUGGGAUAUGAUCCGAAUAUGGGAGUUUAUACUGGGAGAGUACUGACCCUUCAAGAAUUGUUGAUACAAGUUGGGAAGUUAAAUGCAGAAGCUGUUAGAGGUCAGUGGGCCAAUCUUUCAUGGGAAUUGCUUUAUGCCACAAACGAUGAUGAGGAGCGUUAUAGUAUACAAGCACAUCCUCUACUCCUAAGAAACCUUACAGUUCAAGCGGCUGAUCCUCCUCUGGGAUAUCCAAUUUAUUCUUCAAAACCUCUCUGUAUACGUUUGUAUUAGAGCCCAUUUUGACUUAUAAAUGUAAUAUCAUCAACGGAUGUUUUACUAGAAAAGUAACAAUGUAAACUUCUUGUAACUUUAGUGGACUUUUUCCUGCCCCAAGGAUGCCUUUAAAAAGUUAAGCUUCAUAGAAUGAAUUCCCUUAAUCAUCUAACGGUUUAGAAAAACAUUAAUAACAGCAUCUUUAUGUCUAACAUAAAGUUAGAAAUUGGCCAAUAUUUGUGCCCUAUGGAUUAUGGUAGGCUUUGAUAAAUACAAUAAAACAUUUUUAUAUAAUUAGAAAUUAAAUUUGUGUUGCUUUCUUAAGUGUUUGAUAGGUGACUGGCCUUUAAAAAAGUCAACAGUUAUGUAAUUUUUACAUACAUAAAAAAUAUACAUACCAGUGUUUUUAAAUCCAUUUAAGGGUUAAUGUAUACAUAUAUUUAUUUAAAAUAUAAUUUUUAUAGUCUUUUUAAAUGUUGUACUGUUUUAACAUUUCAUGAUUUCAUACUGAUGUAUUUAUGUCAUGUACCUCAACUCAGAAAUCUUAACAACUUUUAAUAAAAUCUUUCCAAUAAAAUCUUCUCCCUCUUUUCCAAAUAUCUUUUUUUAACAUAUGUGAAAGAAAUAGUGCUCAUCCCAUGCAUUGUGUGAAUGUACAGGAAGAGCAAUUUGAGGGUAAUCUGAGUGUGCCUGCUCAUUGAUCUGAUUCCUUAUGCAUUUAUUUUCAAAUGAAUUUCUUGAUUCAAAAAAAAAAAAGACCUCCCCAAAAGGACUACCAAUUAUUAAUGUCUUAAGGUAUAUUAACUAAAGUUAGAAGAUGGAGAUAAUUUUUUCAUAAUGUGAUCGGAAUUUUAUUUUUAUCCUCUUGCUACUUAGGAACAUUUUACAAAUACUUAUAAAAGGGAUGAACAAUGAAAUCUGCAUCAGUUGAGACAAUGAAUUUCCUCUACUUAUUUAAUUUCCAACUAGAUCUAUAGGAGCCUGCUAGAUUGGUAAUGUAGUGAUGUAUUCUUCUUAGAAAUAAUUAAAAUUAUUUUAAAUGUACCUGUUUUUUUUAUUAUUGUUGUUAUUAUCAGUCCAUUUAUUUACUGUGUAGACCAGUUUACUCUUAACAUUAAAGGAUAACUUUUGAACUAA